CCGCCACAUCAAUACCUCCACGGACCACAAUGCAAUACUCCGCGACCACCUUUCGCCACAUUGGCUGACCAAAUAUGUGGGACUCAGUUCGUUCUUCUUUCUAACAGCCACCACCUUUCCCACUUUACCACCCGUCAGCAUUAACACCCAGUUGCGUUACUUGAGUCAACUUUAACUGCCAUGUCCCCUGGCGAAGCGCAACCCGACCAGCCAAACUUGGCAUCUACUCCGCCACGCGCUAAUCCAUCAUCUCAUGUUUCUAACCUCAAAUCCACGCCACUUAGCCGAGGAGCUUCCGCUGCCAGUGACCAUAUUGGCCUGAUCGGCGCCAAGAUCAAUCAAAUCCGCCCAUGGAUUGAGCGGGACAUCGAGAAAACUAAGACAUGCAAUAUCGACGUAAUGCUAGGAGACCUCCUGCAGCGUGCCUCUAACGAUCCAGAGACUCCACAGCCCGAUCUACUGGACAAGUGUCUCGAUGCUGUUCUAAAGGUUUGCAAUGGGAAAUUUUCCACCAAGGAAAAACAACCCGGCCAGAUAUUUCGUUCUUCGGACAUCGCGCAAAGUCUUAGGGAUUACUCGUUACCGAUGAUUGAAACCAAGUCCUACGCGCCUUUCAUCAAGGCGACGAAUACCGCGCUUGCCUGUCUCGAAGAGAUCCCCGUUGAGGGAAUGCGCACCGCUUCGAAUGACCUGGAUAUGAUCUGUCAGCGCAAUGAUAUGCCUAUAUACCAAAAGCACCAGACUGAGAAAUCGAAACGGAUACCCGACGUCUUCAUCCUUCCUUCAAAAAGCUCGAAGGAGGCGUCCUCAGGUGUAACAAAUUCACCCUGGGACCAUAGGGUACAGGAUGCAGCAAAAAAACCGAAAGGUGGGCGAAUCUUCUGGAAAGAUGUGCUCGCUUCGAUCGAAUUCAAGAGAACCUCAAAUUUUGAACUGGAGGGGCCCUCUGCUUCGUAUAAAGUAGAAAAAUAUACACCUACCAAUCCAGAAUAUCGGAAGGUCCCCGUGCGGGAGGCGUCUGUCGGCCCUGCGACUGGAGUGUCAGUUCUGCAGAUCCAAGCCGAACAACCUGCGCCCGAUCUUCCAGCCCCACGCCGUUCGAACUGUGACGAUGUAAUUAAUAACACGAACGGGAGCUCCAAGCGCAAGGCUGAGGAUGGUGAGGAAUCCGCCGCCAAGCGAGCCAAGACCACCAACACGGACGCGGACCGCCCGCUAGAUGUGACUGUCCAGACAGCACUUUACGCUGCCGAGAUGUUUGCAGCAAAUAUUGCAGUCACUCACCUCCUCAAUAUGAUCGUCGUCGAUAACAUCAUCUGGAUCUGGUAUUACGAUCGACAGGGGAUUAUUCAAAGCUCCGGUAUCAACUUCAUGAAGGAUCUCCCUCGAUUCAUGGUGCUGUUAUACGCGUUACAACGUUUCAACCUUGGCGACUGGGGUCGGAACACGCAAUUCGAGGAAGUUGUGGAGGAGGGCGUGCACAAAACCAUACUUAAUGGCGUGGUUGUGAAGGAUGGCGUGCACAAAGCCGACCUUGGCGGCGUGGAUCUCGUGAUUCACACCAGCUCCAAAGAGAGAGUGACUCACUACGGGUUGCGAGGACGCGCAACCAACGUGUUCCCCGUCACUAGCGAAAAGCUCUCCGCAGAAUUCCCAGAUAUCAAGAAAGAUGGGAUGGUAGCCAAAAUCUUUUGGGCGGAAGAGGACCGCAUUAGCGAGCCGGAAAUCUUGAAAAAGGUUGACGAGAUUGCCGCAAAAGAACCGGACGUCGAGGGCCAUGUUCCUCAGCUGCUUUGGUACUGCAAGUUCCCCAAUCCGACCUGCGCAGUACGAGAAGCGUUUGGGAUUCCAGAAGCGAAGAAGGGUAGCCGCGUGCUCUACAUUCUCGUGUUCCGCAAGCUCGACCCCAUCACGGCGCUCUAUGGCAUAGAAUUGUUCGAUGUUUGGCGUCAAUGUAUCCUAUGCCACAUUGCUCUCUGGAAGCGAGGAGUCUAUCAUUUGGAUGUCAGCCCUGGCAAUCUGAUGUGCUACAAGAAAGACCGACGCUGGAUCGGGGUCUUAAAUGACUACGAUCUAUCAUCAUUAAAGAUUAACGCGGGUCCUACGGGCAAUGAACGCACGGGCACAGUGCCGUUCAUGGCGCUUGAUCUCCUUACCCCUGAGGGUCAACGAGGCGAAGUUGCACACUUGUAUCGUCAUGAUCUGGAGUCAUUCGUAUGGGUUCUCGUGUGGGUUUGUCUUCGCUACGAGAAUGGAGUUCUGCUGGCCGCAUCAUCUCGCCUCCUUGAUGAUUGGGCAACUGUAGACCCCGUGACAUGUGGCGAGAAGAAGAGUCGAUUUCUAGAUCGUUUUGUAUAUUUCGAGCGGGACUGGAUGGAUCCCCAUAUUUGGAAGUUGGUGGAAGACAGUUUGGAAGUGCUCGAAGACGAUAAACAUUCUCAAGUGAAGAACAAAAUUGCCCAGGCACGGAAAGCAAGGAAAGGCAUACACACGGACGCCGAGGAAGACAAAGAAGAAGAAAAGACAGGUGAAUAUGAUUUAUUUCACGCGCUCACGGCUACCGAGAACUGGAAGAGGGCCUUUAAGAGGCUGUGCGCUUACCUUCCCGAAUCCGAGUCAUAACCGUUGUUCAGUAGUUUAGUUUUGACCAAUAUAAUCACGCAGUGACCAGUCUGGGCAUGGUCAUUGAGGUCUGGUACU